CUCUCGGCAAGUGCGCUCCUUACGGCCCUCUGCUGUCCAUGCAAGGGAGCGGGUUUACGCUCGGCGCUGCGCCUCGUCCCGCCUGGCGCUGACGGCCCGCUGGUGCCAUCUGUUGGGGACAGUUCUCCCUCAGACAGCCUCUUUAAAGCUUCACACACUGUCCCAUCUCACCUCCCCCUUCUCUUAUAUGUUGUCCCGUGUGGUGGGCGAGUGGGCGUGUGGCGAGGGAGGUGGGCAGGCCGGGGUGGUGAGCUGAGUGGGCGGUCAAGCGAGGUCACAGAGCCAGCCAGGAGGAGGAGGUCAGGUCACUCCGCCUCCCGUCAAUGCUCCAACAUGGCUUCCUCCAGCAGGGGAAUACAGAUUGGCUCGGCGUGGGUCCAGCGGAAAAUAAAGCUCCGGCCACAGCACCGCGGGAUCCACUUGGUCACCGACGAAGUGCUCAAGGAAAUUCCCGAGCUGCGGCAGUUCUCCGUAGGCCUGCUGCACGUCCAGAUUCUUCACACAUCAGCCAGUUUAGCACUAAACGAAAACUGGGAUCCAUAUGUCAGAGAUGACAUGGAGAUGAUGCUCAACAAAAUAGUGCCUGAGGGGCUGAAUUACCAACAUUCCUGUGAAGGCCCCGAUGAUAUGCCGGCCCAUGUAAAAGCCUGCUUUAUAGGUUCCUCCCUCACACUACCCAUUUCAGAAGGCAAACUUAAUUUAGGAACUUGGCAGGGUAUAUGGCUAUGUGAACACCGGAACGAAGCUGGGCCCAGGAAGAUUGUGGCCACCAUCAACGGGUGCUUGAGGGAUGGACGGACGCCUGUCUCACCUAUGUCCCCCAUGGCCUCCACGAGCAGCUAGAAAAACUUGAUGUAGGCAUCUGAAGGUGUCUUGUGUAUUUUUCUAUUGGCUGUGCCAGGAACGCAACCGGCCAGUGGUGGGUGCCUGACGCAGGCGCCCGAGCUGUUGUGAGUCACAUAGGAGAGCACAGUGAGCCUCUCCCCACCAUCCCACAACCCACACACACCACCACCUCCACCACCACCACAACACAACCACGGGCCACAACACAAGAGGGAGUGAACUGGGCAGCCUUAUUAUGGUUUAGUGUUCAUUAGUCGGGGGUUUAUUUUCAGUCAUGCCUUGUAUUAUAUGUAAUGUUGGGUUCAAUGUGUAUUCAUACAUUUUUUUAUUCAUUUUAUUAUUUAUGUUGCACCAUUAAUAUGGUUUGAUUUUCAUCAUUCUUGGCUUUACCUUAGUUUGUUACCUUGUCCAAUAUUUGGUUCUAUGAAUUUUUUUUUUUUUUUUUUUUUUUUUUUUUCAUGUUGGGUGUUGUCUGAUGGGUCCUUUGUUUCUCAGGAGUUAUAGGUGCAUGUUGUUUACUGUUAUGUUUGUUUGUUGUAUUAUUUAAACAAAUUUUCAUUAUUGGUAUUCUCUUGGUGAGUAUUUUGGGGUAACUUUAGUUUUUUGAGUUUAUUAAAGUGAAUGACCA